GCAAUAAGGAUCGUUAUAGUGGGAGUGUGCUUUGUGUGUCCUACAGGGAGGUUUUAUGAAAUGGGAUAAUGUAUUGACUCAACAGGAAACAGACUUCGGUUUAGAGUAGUACAUCGUCAGAGGACAUGAACAAAACACUAGUCGGUGAUAUAAACGCAGAGAGGCUACUUCAUUGUGCUGUAGAAGUUUUGACAUGUUUCCGGCAGUGCGGCUCGUUUUCAGCAUACCCUCUUCUGUUUAUGUGCUAGAAUAAGAAGAAGUGUGAUUUCGUUUGAUACAUUUGCCUUGCGGGCUACAAAGGACACUGUUGAAUUUGACAAUGAAGGAGAAAACACCUGGUCGCGCUAAAAGCCGCUGGACUUCAACAGCAGCAACAGCUGGAUUAGUUCUGCUGAGUUUGUUUGCAUGGUCUUGUCACGCAGAAGAAGCGUCUUGUCACGGAGCUUACGACUUGUACUUUGUUCUAGAUAGGUCGGGAAGCGUUUCUAACGACUGGGGUGAGAUUUAUGCCUUUGUGAAGAAUCUGACAGAUCGAUUUGUGAGCCCCAGCAUGAGGGUCUCCUUUAUAGUGUUCUCGUCUUCAGCCAAAGUGAUGUUACCUCUCACUGGAGACAGAUAUGAAAUCCAGGAAGGCCUGGAGAGACUGAGAGAGGUGAAGCCUGCAGGGGAGACCUACAUGCAUGAAGGGAUUAAAGAGGCAAACCUUCAAAUCAAAGCCCAAGCGACCAAGUCCUCCAGCAUCAUCGUGGCUUUGACGGACGGAAAGCUGGAGGUCUAUGUACAUGAACUAACAGUUGAAAUGGCCAAUGAUGCAAGGUACUACGGUGCUCGGGUGUACUGUGUUGGUAUCAAGGACUUUGACGAGCAACAGCUAGCCGAGGUUGCUGACUCCAAAGAUCAAGUGUUUCCUGUUAAAGAUGGCUUCCAUGCACUCAAAGGCAUUGUGAAUUCAAUAUUAAAGCAGUCCUGUACAGAGAUCCUGACAGUGGAGCCUUCCAGUGUUUGUGUGAACCAGUCGUUUGACAUCGUGCUUCGAGGGAACGGCUUCUCCGUGGGACGAGGCAACGGCGGGGUCGUCUGUAGCUUCAUGGUGGGCCAGCAGAUCUACAACAGGAAGCCAAGCGUUGUGCAGAACGAUUAUCUCCUGUGUCCUGCGCCGGUGCUGUAUGAGGUCGGACAGUCGAUGGAUGUGCUGAUCAGUCUGAACCAUGGGAAAUCCUUCAUCUCUAGUGCCUUCACCAUCCACGCCUCAACAUGUUCGGACGGCGUCGCUGUAGCCAUCGUCUUCCUGGUGCUGUUGUUACUGGCAGCGCUGGUAACUGCUUGGUGGUUCUGGCCUCUCUGCUGCACCGUGGUCAUUAAACCCCCCCCUCCUCCUCCUGCUCCUUUGCGGCCUCCACCACCCGAGCCGGAGGAGGACGACCACCUGCCCAAGAAGAAGUGGGCGACUGUGGACGCCUCGUACUACGGAGGGAGAGGAGCAGGAGGGAUCAAACGCAUGGAGGUGCGUUGGGGAGAGAAGGGCUCUACAGAGGAAGGGGCAAGGCUGGAGAAGGCUAAGAAUGCUGUAGUAUCUGUUCCUGAGGAGGUGGAAGAGCCCAUGAUGGCCAAACGGCCCCCCAAACCCAAACCUACAUACCAACAGCGCCAGGAGUCCAAAUGGUAUACCCCUAUAAAGGGUCGACUGGAUGCGCUGUGGGCAUUGCUUCGGCAACAGUACCACAGAGUUUCUCUCAUAAGACCGACCACUGCGGACAAGGGGAAAUGUAUUAAUUUCAGCCGACUGCAGAACCGUUAGAGGACAAAGAAUAUAAUCUACAAUGACUGAACUACAACUGUUCUCUUGGUAAAAGCAAAAUAUUUUUGAAGAUCUACAAAUCCCCCAAAAUCCAAAAACCACAAUCCAUUUUGCUUCACUCUAUAUUGUGCACAAAAUGGAGGACUCUUCUCCAUGAUAUCUCCUGUUUUCUCAAAAAUCAUACUCAUAGGAACAUUUACAUUUUUCCAACCAUCAAUAACUGGGAUAUAUAUAAAACUCCAUAUUUUUCCACUUGUCGUAUUUUUUUUUAAAUUUGUAUUUUCUUUCACAAGAAGCCCAAGCGAAUAAAAGUACUGGACAAAAUGGCC